AAACAAUCGGCGAACAUAUGCUGGUCACGUGGAUGUUUGCAUCGCAAGACAAAAAUUAAGCUAAGCGCCUCGCGGAUACAAGCAGGUACGAUAAGCAAGGUUUCUGUGAGGAUAGACUUCCAUCAUGGCAUAUUUUGGCAAUCCAUACCAGCAGAGCAACUACUAUGGAGGAGGGUUUACUUAUAAUAAUCCAGCCUACCAAGUCAAUUCAGGUCCACCUGCCUUUCCUCCAGUAAUGCAGAUGAUGAUGAACCCAUUUGCUGGUAUGCCAUGCCCUAUGCAGCAGAUGCCCCCUACAAUACAAACCAACAUCAACAUUAACACAACAUGGAGUACAGACAACUGUUUCCUUGAUCUUGCAGAAGAGGCUGGACUGGUGGAUGAGGAGGAGGAAGAGGAUGAGGAGGAUUACGAAGAAGACGAGGAAGAAGAGGAAGAGGUGAAGAAGUCACGGAAGAAGAUCCGUAAGAAGGCUAAAAAGAAGGCUAAAAUAGCAGAGAAGAUUGCUGGCUUGAGUGAUGAGCAGCGGGCGACCCUGAAGUCUAAGUAUGUAGCCAGACUGAAGGAUCACUUGGAUAAAUACAACAGUCUCGAGCCUACCACUGGCACCGUCAAGGCUUUCACCAAAUAUACAGCCGACGAUCCUGUUGUUCCCUUCAUAGCCGAGUUUGACGGUACGGAGGCUGCCGGAGAAAAAUGGAACGCGGAAUACGACUGUAUAUACCUUGAUGCGGCUAUGGAUGGAUUAGGCACAAAUGAGGACGCCAUCAUACAUGUCAUCACAACACGAAAUAACUCACAGAGACAGGACCUGAAGAAAAUGUUUAAGACUGCUUAUGGUGUAGAUCUGAUUGAACGUCUGAAAUCUGAACUCAGUGGCGACCUGAAGGAGUGUGUCAUGGCCCUGUUUGUCAGUCCGGACGUGUAUGAUGCUUGGUGUGUGAGAAACGCUAUAUAUGGUUUAGGAACAGACGACUCCGUACUUUGUGAGAUCAUGUUUUCUCGCACCAAUCCUCAGAUUCAAGCCAUGGUGGAAGCAUACAAAGAUGUUGCUUUUCCUGAUCUGAAAGCUCCAGAAUGUGCCCUUGAGGAAGACAUUGCAAAUGACACUUCGGGAGACUACAAACGCCUGCUGAUAUCAGCAUCUCAGGGUAACCGUGAAAUCAUCGACUUUGAGAGGUUAGAUGAGGCCGUUGAGGAAGUGAAGAAUGAGAUGGACAUGCCUACAGGAAUGUUUGCGGUCAACCAUGACAAGUUGGUGAACGUUAAAAAGGCUCAGCGCGAGGCCCAGAAGUUGUUUGAAGCAGGUCAGGAUAGAUGGGGUACAGAUGAGGAGACCUUCAAUCGGAUCUUCUCUGUCCGCGAUCCUUACCAGCUCAGGAGAACAUACGCGGAAUAUGUCAAGCUAUCCCAGUGUGAUAUUGAGAAUGCUGUGGAAGAAGAAACCUCUGGAGAUUUUGAGAUGGCCUUAUACACUUUGGUGAUGUGUAUCAAGUUCCCCCCACGAUACUUUGCCAAGAGGUUGACAAUGAUGAUGAAAGGAUUGGGCACAGCAGAUUCUGACCUCAUUAGAAUCAUCGUCUCCCGCUCUGAGAUCGAUAUGGAACAAAUCAAGGCUUCCUUCCUAGAAGAGAACAAACAGACACUUUGGAAGUGGAUUGAGGGAGACUGUAGCGGGGACUACAAAAAACUGCUCCAAGGAAUUGUAGGACGAGACUAGACGAUGAAAUUAACAUCCACAAUAGGACAUUAAUCCUCAAAGAGCAUUAUACAUAAAAGAACAGAUUGGUCAAGUACAUUGACCUUUCAGAUAUAAGUUGACCUUUCGGUGCAAAAUAUGAUUGGUUGACUUUGAGAAAUCUAUGAAGUAACAAUUUAUUUUACAUAUGCAUGUAUAUGAACACCAAAGAUAUCUAUAUCAGAUUCUAUUUAUUGAAUUCAUAACUGCUUUUUACAGAUAUAUCAAGACAAAUAUUUCAGAUGUUUAUUUCUUUUAAAAAAAGUGAAUUUUGAUAAUAUUUCUUGCAAAUACUGUAUCAGCAAUUAAGUUUGAAGUUAUUUUGACAUUUUUUCUAUCUGAUCAUGAAUAUCUUAAACACUGCUAUUGUUUGUCUUUUAUAUAAUCUGAUCUAGUCAAAUCAAUUUUAAUGAAAUUUACUAAUGAAAAGAAUUCAAUGCCAAAAUGUAUGUAGUCAAAUAUUUUGAUGUAUCUAUACAUUUUUGUAAGUAUAUGUCAGUAUUAUAAGAGGAUAAGUUGAUAUCAAAAUCGUCAAAAAGUUUUAACAUGAUUUGUGAUAUUUCUAUGAAGCUUUUGUUUCUACAUACUUGUUCAGUUAAAAAAAUCUUAUACUGUUAUUACAUAUUCAACAAUUAUUUUUUACAUUUGAAAAUAUAUAAGUAAAAUGUGAUAUUAAUUUUGUUCAAUUGUCUUGUAUAUUUGUAUACAAUAUGUAAAUUUUGAAUAUGUUUCAAUAUUUUUGAAAUGCAUUACUUUUGAAAAAUUAUGCAAUAUUUCAUUUUAGAAUUUGUUAGUGAAAGCGAUAUAGAUUACAUUUAUUAUCCUAAAUCUGCACAAUAUAAAACAUGUACCUGGUAACUGUGAUAGUUUUUGUUGUCUUUGUCCCCAUCGAGGAGUAUAUAUAAACCAUAUAUUACUUUUUUCAAUUGUAAUUUGGAAAUGCAGAACAAAAACAGUUAUUUAGGUUUAUAUAAAAACUUUAUAGAUAUGUACAAGUCUAUACUUACUAUCUGCCAAAAUAUUUGUGUAUUUUCAAUAAAUUUUCAUAUACAC